CGAUGAGAUACAAAAAUCACUGGAAUCUAGUAGUACACUAUAGUUCUAUAUAAACCCUCACAUUAUUGUCCAAUGUGUGGUCUCACACUCUCACCACAGUACUAGCUUGCCAGUUAGAGCUUGCUUGGCAAAAAGAUAUGGCCGGUCAGCGUGUGGUGGCCGCGGUGGCCGUCGCUCUGGGCGUGUGCCUGCUGCAGCUGCCGGCGGCGAGCCGCGGCCAGCUGCAGGUGGGGUUCUACAACACCAGCUGCCCCAAUGCCGAGACGCUGGUCCGGCAGGCCGUCACCAACGCCUUCGCCAACGACUCCGGCAUCGCCGCCGGCCUCAUCCGCCUCCAUUUCCACGACUGCUUCGUCAGAGGGUGUGAUGCAUCAGUGCUGAUCUUCUCGCCGAACGGCACGGCGGAGCGCGACGCGGCGCCGAACAACCCCAGCCUCCGGGGUUUCGAGGUGAUCGACGCCGCCAAGGCCGCCGUCGAGGCGGCGUGCCCGCGCACCGUCUCCUGCGCCGACAUCCUCGCCUUCGCCGCCCGCGACAGCGUCAACCUCACCGGCAACUCCUUCUACCAGGUCCCCGCCGGCCGCCGCGACGGCAACGUCUCCAUCGACACCGACGCCUUCACGCUCCCCGGGCCAAACCUCACGGCGACGCAGCUCGUCGACGGCUUCAAGCUCAGGAACCUGACCGCCGAGGAGAUGGUCAUCCUCUCCGGCUCCCACACCAUCGGCCGCUCGCACUGCGCCUCCUUCCUCUUCAAGAACCGUGAACGUUUGGCGAAUGGGACGAUUAGCCCGGCGUACCAGGCGCUGCUGGAGGCGCUGUGCCCGCCGACGACGGGGCGGUUCACGCCGAUCACGACGGAGAUCGACGUGAGCACGCCGGCGACGCUGGACAACAACUACUACAAGCUGCUGCCGCUCAACCUGGGCCUCCACUUCUCCGACGACCAGCUCAUCCGCAACGCCACGCUCCUCCCCUUCGUCGACGCCUUCGCCGCCAACGAGACGCUGUGGAAGGAGAAGUUCGUCGCCGCCAUGAUCAAGAUGGGCAACAUCGACGUGCUCACCGGCGCCCGGGGGGAGAUCCGGCUCAACUGCAGCGCCGUCAACCCGUCCUCGUCGUCGUCGUCGUCCUCCGCCGGGAGGAUGAUCGAGACCGUCUUCCCCGGCGCCGGCGGUGAGGUCGCCGCGAGCUAAGCUAUACCCUUGCUGACCAUGUAAUAUACGUCAUAUAUAUGAUGAUAAUGUAAAAUUAAUAAUGCAUGACACGCACUUGCACUGUGUGUUGUACGGCCAGGGCAAGUGUGGUUGGUUGAUGAAGGCUUUGUUUGCACCUACUUGAUGUGUGUAGUGACUCUGCCAUGAACGAUGCACGUAUACAAGUAUAUAAUUAAGAUGGCCGGCAGCUGGUAAUAAGUAGAACACCUACCAAGUUACCAACUUACCAUGCAUGAAUAAAUGUUCAUGCAUAAAUUACGGCGCUACUCAUAAUUCACCAAAAACAUACGUGUACAUAGAAAAAAUAGAUCAAUGGCUAUUCAAAAUAA